ACACACACCGCACGCAACCAGCACAGGUGGUCAGUGUGCGCCCUGUGCUCAGUAGCGGCGGUUUCCAACAUCGCCGUGUAUGUACCGCUCCUGCGCCUGCAUAUCGAGCGCGCCCGCAGACGAGGGAGACCGGAGGAAUUAUCUGUUGCGGUCUUCCACACGGCCCUUUCCUUUGUGGUCGCGCAUUUGUAGUUUGCGCCUGGCGCACAUCGGACAGAUUCGCGACAAAGGAGCCAAAAAGGCAGGAAGCGUGCCUUUGUACUCAAGGACACAUAUCUCCACCGCGCUGUAGAGCGUGCCACCAGGUGCUUUCUGCGUGUCUACGGCACCCAUGGCAGCCCGAGCUCCCUCCAGUGGUAGCAGUGUUCAAGCGGGAGCAGCUGCGGCGCCAACAACGCCAGAGAGGCUUGAGGAGGUCGAGACGCUUCUCGCGUACAAGAAGCCAUGGCCUGCGUUUCUCUGCGCCGGAGUGGAUGUCCACGGUGAGUGGGACAACUGCCCGGAGGGUGCCAGGGAUGCGCUAGAAUGGAUGGCUUCAACGGCCGUGGGCUUGCUGGAUGUUGCGAGUGUUGGCCCUCUCACACCUGUCUGCCAGGCAUUCACGGCUCUCAUCGAGGCUGCACAAGGCGCUAUGGAGGUAGUCGAGAACCUGCGGGAAUUGGUCACUUGGUGCGCGUUCCUCGUCGGUGUACUCAUCGAGCACGGCAAGCAAGUGGACAAUCUGAAGGCGGUCAACAAGCCACUGAACGAGUUCGUCGCCACAACCGGCGAGUUGGCGAAACGUGCGAAUGUCGUGGCGGGGAGAAGCAAGUGCAUGGCGUUCCUUUGCCACAAGAAAGACGCCAAAAUGAUGGCUAGCUUUGACGACAAACUCCGCCGCUUUUGGACCGACAUCCAGGGGCUUGCCGUUCUGGACAUCCAGGAGAUUGUGACAAGGAUGGAGGAACGCUCGCGGCCUCUCCCUUUACCAGACAUGGCCGACGUCCCUGCUGCGGCGCUGAAGCUGCCGCCUAGCCACGUGAAGCGUGUAGGACUGGAGGCCGAGAUCCUCAAGAGUCUCACGGCUACCGACGCGUCCGGUGCUCCGUAUGUACUGCUGGGCAUGGGGGGAGCGGGCAAGUCGUUGCUGGCAUCUUCCGUAGUUCGGACCGAGGAGGUCCGGAAGCACUUUCGCGCAGGCGCUUUUUGGCUGAGGGUGGGGCCGGGGGGUGAGGACCAGCUUCAAGCGCUCUUUGAGGGUUUGGCGAGGCUGGCAAUUCCUGAGGCGAAGCUACCGCAACGAUUCAACAGCCUGGAGGAAAUCAUCCAGCACUUGACUGUCCUCGUUGCAGAGGACAAGCUGCCUCGCCUGGUGGUCCUGGAUGAUGUAUGGGAACGUGCGGUCGUGGACAUCUUGCGACCCACGGGGCUCCGGCUGCUCGUGACCACCCGUCUGGAUUCGGUGGUGGCUGUGAGAGGGGGACGCACUGUCGUUGGGAACAUGGCCACGGGGGAGGCCCGAGAGCUGCUGAAAAGCAAGAGCGGUGCCAUUACACUUCCGGAGACGGAGGCUGACCAGGUGGGGUUGCCGCGGCCUGUGGGUGGCACGCGUUGACCGUCGCCAUCGCAGGGUCGCUGCGGUCUGUCAAGGAACACCCAAACUCUGCUUCAACCUGGCGCCAACUAGCCUCAGAGAUUGCGAAAAAGAGAAAGACAGCCCGAGGCCCGCAGAUGAACGCUGAACGCGGGGACGACUUGACCAAGAA